AUGAUGGGUUACAUCCUUCUUACGCUACAGCUGGCAGUUGUAUCACUUCUAGUCACUUUGUGGCACGCAUUUACACCAGAUACUUGGUCGAAUCGAGUAGUCUCCUACAUAAUCAAUAGGCUUUUACUGUGGUGGUACCCAAUUUAUUCGACAGAUGGCUCAACACCCAUCCCGACUUGCCCAUACAGCUUCCCAGAUGGCGGAGGGAGUAUCAAGUUCCUAGAGGGAGAGAACGUCUCACGGCAGUGGGGCGAGAGAUAUGGCCCGAUCUAUCGUAUCUGGGUUGGCCUCACGCCAGAAAUUAUCCUGACCCGCGCGGAUGAGAUCAAGACAGUCUUCAAAGACUCUGGCAACCACUACAAGGCUUCAAACUUGAAUGGUGGAUGGGUGAUGGGUGAGCUAGUGGGCGAUGGUGUCGGACUCAUCAGUCAAGGACACUGGAAGCGAGUCCAUGCUGUAGUAUCCCCACCAUUUACCCAGAAGCCCACGACAUACGUUCCCUUUGUCCAGUCGCGCAUCUCUCGUCGCUUUUCAGAGUUAUACAUGGAGUAUGGAGGCGGGAAAACCCUGCGAAUUAAACCUGCCGAGGAUCUCAAGCUUCUGCCCUUCUGGGUCAUUAGUGACCUCCUAUACGGAAGCUUGUGCCGGGAGAUGAUAGAGGAACUCUUACUCAUCACCGAUCUGCGCACCGAUGUGUUUCAAUACGCCUUCAAGGGUGGAUUAUCACUAUUCUCCAUCAGCAAGCUAUUUCACCCCGCCAUAAGGAACAAGCUGCAUGUCUUCCACAAUCGUUGGGCCGAUUUCAACCGGAAAGCGUAUCAAUAUGCAAAGAACCGCGAGGUCGCCUCCGCGUGUGCUAUUGUUACCUUGUAUAUGGCCGUCGAGCAAGGCCAGAUAACAUCUACUGAGCUAAUGCACACAUUGGACGAAGCGCUGUUUGCCAAUAUCGACGUAACCAUUGGGAGCUUCUCCUGGAUUCCCCAAUUCCUGGCUGAGAAUGCAGGUCUCCAGAUUGAGCUGAGAGACGAGAUAUCACAAACCCGACUUAGCACAACUGCCGAUUCCUGGGUAAAAUACAUUGCUAGUAACUCAACCCUGCUAGCGAGCUGCAUCAACGAAUCUGCAAGGUUGAAACCAGUCACCAACUACACCUACGCGCAAUCCAUGCCCACUGACCGGGACGUGGGUGGAUACCGCAUUCCCCGUGGAACUUUCAUGGUAGUCGACACCAAUGCCUUGAAUAUCUGGGAUGACGCGUGGGGCUCUGACAAAAUGACAUUCCGUCCAGGCCGCUUUCUAGAGGAAUCCAGGUCCAGCUUUCGGUAUCGCUUUUGGCGUUUUGGGUUUGGGCCCCGCCAGUGUAUUGCACAAGCGUUGGCAGACACGAUUCUCAAGGUAUUGGUUGCGUACACUGUCGAGAAUUAUCAGGUGAAAUCCCCUGGACAAUCUGCUGUGGAUGAGAAGGGCGCCCAAAAACGAGGCGAAGCUUGGUUCAAGGUUGCCGAGCAGGAGAUUAUCUUGGAGUCCCUGUAG